ACAGAGCAGCUAAUUAGUUAUUCGUUAAUGCCAUCUUGCUGAGACUUUUCUUUAAUAGUUUAAUCAUAUUUCCAAUGAACUUGAUAGAAAUCAUAUCCCAUUUCAGUGAUCAUCUGUGAAGAUUCUCUGAUUGAAGGAAUCCGCAGAAAUAUAAUUCAAAGCUUGCUUCUUCUUCUCGGAACCUUGACAUCAUUAAUCAUGUCUCUUGCUUUAGAGGAAGGUACAGCAAGGAAACUUAACAAAAGGGAAUUACUCAAACAUAAAAGCACCGAAGAACUUCCAAAAUCUUCAUUUUUGGAUCCUAUGUUCUUCUACACUCGUGUGAUCAAUGAUGAGAAAAGGUGCAUUAGCGUGGAGAAAAGUUGGGGGAUUGCUGCCACCCUCCUCCGUUCGGUCUUUGAUUUAUUUUAUAUAUUCCAUUACACGUCAACUUCGGGACUGAUUAAUUUAUAUAAAACUGCGAGGAUACGUUUCUUCAUGGACCUUGUGGCCAUUUUCCCUCUUCCACAGAUGAUUGUGAUUUUGUCUAUGUUUCAAAGCACGAGAAAGAAGUGUAUCUGGAAUGCCCUAUACGUCCUAAUUGUUCAACAUGCGCUAAGGUCAAUCCGAGUGGCCACAUUACUUACAGAGAGGAGGACUUCAGGCACCUUUAGUGAAUGGGCUGCUGUUUUCAUGUUAAGUUAUAUGUAUGCAAGUCAUAUGUUUGGAGCCUUGUGGUUUUACACAGCCAUAGGCAGAGAGACUGAAUUUUGGGAGGCUGGCUUCAAAAAUCUGACCGGAUGCACUAUUCAUGUUCCUCCUUAUUGUGACCAAACCAAAUAUCUAAAAAAUGUUUGCCUGAAGGAACUAAAUACUAACAGACUUUUCGCAAGUAUACGAAAUCGUGCAAACUCUUCCACUUACCAGCUCUCCAUCCCAUCUGCCAAUGAACAAUACUUCUCAAGCUUUAUUGGUACCAUCAGAGGCAAAAGUCCAUCCGUUACAACUCUUUUGUCAGUCUGGAAUGGACAGAAUGCAACAGGUCAAUCCAUAUUGGGCAACAAAGUGAACUAUUCAGUUCUAUCUUCAAUGGUUAGUGAUUCUUCUCAUAGGAAGUCUUUUAUUGAAUCUUCGAUUGUUGGAGUCCCACAUCGAUUAGACACGCUCAAGCUUAUUGGGUUGUAA